AUGUCCGGAGAAUCCGAAAAGAAGAUCCGUGAAGUUUUUGAGGAAGCCAAAAAGCUGGCCCCUUGUCUCGUCUUCAUUGAUGAGAUAGAUGUCAUAAUGGGCAAACGAGAGAGUGCUCAAAGAGAAAUGGAGAAGCGAAUAGUGGCACAAAUGCUGACCUGUAUGGACGAUAUGGCAUUGGAGAAGACUGGGGGAAAGCCAGUCAUUAUCAUCGCUGCUACGAACCGACCUGAUAGCUUGGAUCCAGCUCUUCGUCGAGCCGGCAGAUUCAAUAAGGAAAUCAAUCUAGGUGUUCCUAAUGAGCAAGCUCGCGAGAAGAUAUUACAAGCUCUUACAAAGAAGCUUGAUUUACCCGAGGCCUUUGACUACAGAGCUCUAGCAAAACUCACCCCUGGAUUCGUCGGAGCAGACUUGAACGAUGUUGUAUCGGUCGCCGGCACCGAAGCUAUGAAGCGCACGAUGGCCAUUAUCAAGCAACGUGCAGUGUUAGAGAAUGGCAUGGACAUCGACGUUCAAGCUACCCAACCUGCUAUUCUCAUCACAAGAUCUCUCGUUGCUCAUGCGGGAGACUUUCCCUCUGAUGAAGACGUUCCUAUCACAUAUCAAGAUUUUUUAACCGCACUUCCUAAGGUCCAACCGUCUGCAAAACGUGAGGGAUUCGCCACUAUUCCUGACACCACGUGGGCACAUAUCGGUGCUAUGCAUGAGGUCAGAAAACAGCUGCAGAUGGCCAUUGUAGAGCCUAUCAAGGACGCCAAACCGUUCGCUCGUCUAGGUGUCACAGCUCCUGCUGGGGUUUUGCUAUGGGGGCCUCCUGGAUGCGGGAAAACGCUGCUAGCAAAGGCAGUGGCUAAUGAGUCCAAAGCGAACUUCAUCUCUAUUAAAGGUCCUGAGCUCCUCAACAAGUAUGUGGGCGAGUCGGAGCGUGCUGUUAGGCAGGUGUUCGAAAGAGCCAGAUCCUCCGUACCAUGCAUCUUAUUCUUCGACGAGCUCGACGCUCUGGUACCAAAGAGGGACGAUUCCCUGAGUGAGGCCAGCAGCAAGGUUGUCAACACCCUCCUCACCGAACUUGACGGCAUGUCUAGCAGAACCGGCAUCUAUGUCAUCGCCGCCACGAACCGUCCAGAUAUCAUCGAUCAAGCGAUGCUGCGCCCAGGUCGUCUCGGCACCUCGAUCUUCAUAGGCCUUCCUACUCCCGAUGAGCGUGUGGAAAUCCUGAAAACGCUGUACAGAAAGCUCCUUCAGGAUGCUACGAGUGAUGAGGUGGAUGAUCUGGAAGGUGUUGCACGUGAUGUGCGUUGCACUGGCUACUCGGGGGCUGACUUAGGCAGUCUGCACCACGCGGCGGCCAUAGAGGCACUGGAGAGAAACAUGAGGACGCCUGUUAGACAACCAGCUGCUGAACUAAGAAUUUUAAGAGAGGAUUGGGAAGUUGCAUUGAGUACUGUUAAGGCUAGCGUCAAGGACAUUAGGAAGUAUCAGAGACUACAGGAGAGGGGAUUGUAG